ACCGGUUAACGUCAUGCCAAUCGAAGCUGGGACAUUCUUAUGAUGAACAUUCUGGUCAAGGAGAGCGGCGAGCGGAUCGCCGACAUAGCCGAAAGUUAUAGCCGAUUACUGAAGGAUCAGCGAAGUUAUAAUACCCGUUCUAUUGUGAAUCCGAAACGGUUAACGAAUCGUCGCAAGCUGGCGCACCUUGAGGCAGCGGCGGCAGGUGAGACCGGAAGCGGAUGUGGAACCACAACCGGAAACGGAAGUGCUAGUGCCGUACGGUGGCAAUUGCUGGUACUUUUGCUACUCUGCAAUUGCAUUGAUCUUACCGUUACCGUUACCAAACAAAACCCUUCCGUAGUGGCCGCCUUCGAGCCGGACUUUGUGGUGCCGCUGGAGAACGUGACCAUUGCCCAAGGUCGGGACGCGACCUUCACGUGCGUGGUGAACAACCUUGGGGGUCAUCGGGUGAGUGGUGACGGUGCGACAGCCCAGCCAGCCAAGGUCGCCUGGAUUAAGGCCGAUGCCAAGGCAAUCCUGGCCAUACACGAGCACGUGAUAACCAACAAUGAUCGAUUAACGGUGCAGCACAACGACUACAACACAUGGACACUCAACAUUCGCAGCGUCAAAAUGGAGGAUUCCGGCAAAUACAUGUGUCAGGUCAAUACGGAUCCCAUGAAAAUGCAGACAGCCACCUUAGAGGUGGUUAUACCACCGGAUAUUAUCAACGAGGAGACUUCCGGCGACAUGAUGGUCCCGGAAGGUGGCUCUGCCAAACUGGUCUGUCGUGCUCGUGGUCAUCCCAAGCCCAAGAUUACGUGGCGACGCGAAGAUGGAAGGGAGAUCAUUGCCCGGAAUGGGAAUCAUCAGAAGACCAAGGCCCUGUAUGUCGAGGGCGAAAUGCUGGUGCUGUCAAAGGUCACGCGAUCGGAAAUGGGCGCCUACCUGUGCAUCGCCUCUAAUGGAGUACCGCCGACGGUGAGCAAGCGGAUGAAGCUACAGGUGCACUUUCAUCCGCUGGUCCAAGUGCCAAAUCAAUUGGUCGGCGCCCCGGUCCUCACGGAUGUCACAUUAAUUUGCAAUGUCGAAGCAUCGCCGAAGGCCAUCAAUUACUGGCAGCGCGAGAAUGGCGAAAUGAUUAUUGCCGGCGAUCGUUACGGACUCACCGAGAAGGAGAACAACAUGUACGCCAUUGAGAUGGUGCUGCACAUCAAGCGGCUUCAAUCGAGCGACUUUGGUGGCUACAAAUGCAUCUCAAAGAACAGCAUCGGGGACACCGAGGGCACCAUUCGAUUAUAUGAAAUGGAGAGACCUGGCAAGAAGAACAAUCGCGAUGACGAUAACAACGAUGUGUCGAAAAACGAGGUGGUGCUGAAGGAGACACGCCACGAGGACGGGUCACGCAACCAGAAUGGAAGGCUCUACAAGGACAGGAAUCCGGAGCAGGAGCGUGGAGCCACCGGCGGUGGAGCAGCAGCGUCUGUCCAAAGCGGUCGUGGGACAAUGCGGCUAAUCGGAACGUUUCUAUUAGCCUUUCUGUUGGUGUUAUUAACGACGAUAGCGACGGCGACACCAACAAUGGCCCCUGGCCAUACAAAGGCCAACGUUGCCCACCGGGAUAGACAAUGGAUGAUGAUGCAUCAAGGAGCAGGAGCAGGAGCAGGAGAUGGAGUUGGAGGAGUCAAGGCAACGAUGAGCUUCGAUAUGAAGCCUGAACUCUGGGAAAGAUCAGCGGGGUUUAAUAAUAAUAAUAAUAAUAGGAGCAAUUGGCGACGAAAGCUGUGGGAGCGAGGAGCCGCAGCUAAGUAAGAUUAUUAUUAUUAUCAUUACUAUUAUUAUAGCUUAAUUCAAUUGUAAUUAAACAAGCACGAUUAUGAUGCAAAGGCUUAGCCAUCCUUUGUUGUGCGUGU